AUGGAAAACCUCGAUCGGAUCGUCAAUGAUUACACCCACCCCACAACGGGGUCCUUGCACGCAGCAGCGUUCAUUGCUGUGGACCAGUCUGGAAACACUAUCUACAGCAAGGCCGCUGGCCGGGCACAUCCGGACGAUAAAGAUGAAGUGCCAAUGGACUCCCUCUAUUGGAUUGCGUCCAUGACGAAGCUGGUCACGGCUGUUGCUGUAGUGCAACUAGUCGAGAAAGGCAUUCUGUCGCUGGAUGACGACGUGCGUGAGCGCCUGCCGGAGCUCAAGGACAUCCAGAUCCUCCGUGGCAUGGAACACGACGCAUCUCGAGGACCAGCACGGCCAAAGCUUGAUCCCGUUCAGGGGAAGUUGACACUGCGUCAACUUCUAUGCCACACCUCCGGGCUCGUCUACGACUCGACGUCGAAGCUCCUUCGACACUGGUCCCAAUCCCAAGGCCGGACCGCGUACACCCUCAGCGGCAGCAUGGCCGGCUACCACCACCCGCUCCUUUUCGAGCCCGGCACCUCCUGGGGCUACGGCGGCGGCCUCGAUUGGGCAGGCCAACUCAUCGAGCGAACCACCAACUCCACCCUCGAAGACUACACGCAAUCCCACAUCUGGAGCAAACUAGGCGCCCAAUCCACGACCUUCCACCCGGAACGGAAGACUCAUCUCCCCGCACUCGUCCCAAUGAAGUACCGCAACGGCAUAACCUCAGCACCCAACGCAAAGAGAUCACUCACCCUCGCCCAACCAGCGCAACACGCCCUCGGCGGCAUCGGCCUCUUCAGCACUCCAACCGACUUCUCUAAACUCCUCGUCGCCAUCCUCCAAUCCAGCACCAGCUCCGCCCCCAACGACGCAGUCAGCCAACAGGGCCCGAUACCAACCCCCCAACUCCUCACCAAAUCCGGAUUCGACUUCCUCUUCGGCCCCCAACUAGACGCCCAAUGCCGACAAGCAAUGCCCCGACCACUCGGCUCGCAGAUGCGUCGCGUCCUCAACAUCAAGGACAUCAACGACGCCGCGCAAGCUGACCAUGCCCUUGGAGGAACCAUCACACUGACGGAUAUCCCCGGUCGACGACGAGCGGGGAGUAUGAACUGGAGUGGAUUGCCGAAUAUGCAUUGGUGGAUCGACCCCAAAUCAGGCAUCGCCGCAGCGCUCUUCACUCAAUUCAUGCCGCCGACAGACGCGAGCGUUACGGACUUGUUGAUUGAGCUGGAGCGGGCUCUUUACAGCGCUAUUGCUGUGGAGGCGGAAACCGAGAAGAAGCCUUCCACGUCUGGGGUGGGUGAUGUGAGUAAUAUGGCGAAGCUAUAA